AUGAGCGGAAGAGGCAAAACCGGUGGUAAAGCCAGAGCCAAGGCAAAGACCCGCUCCUCUCGCGCCGGGCUCCAGUUCCCGGUCGGUCGUGUCCACAGACUGCUCCGUAAGGGGAACUAUGCUCAACGUGUGGGAGCCGGAGCCCCCGUCUACCUGGCGGCUGUGCUCGAGUACCUGACCGCUGAGAUCCUGGAGCUGGCCGGGAACGCUGCCCGGGACAACAAGAAGACCAGGAUCAUCCCCCGUCACCUGCAGCUGGCUGUCCGCAACGACGAGGAGCUCAACAAGCUGCUGGGAGGAGUCACCAUCGCUCAGGGCGGCGUGCUGCCAAACAUCCAGGCUGUUCUGCUGCCCAAGAAGACCGAGAAGGCCGUGCCUGAUACAGUGAAAGCGCCCAAGAAGGGCUCCAAGAAAGCCGUGUCUAAGGCCACCAAGAGCGGCAAGAAGAGAAAGAGGAGCAGGAAAGAGAGCUACGCCAUCUACGUCUAUAAGGUUCUGAAGCAGGUCCACCCUGACACCGGGAUCUCCUCUAAGGCCAUGGGCAUCAUGAACUCGUUUGUGAGUGAUAUCUUCGAGCGCAUCGCCGGGGAGGCCUCUCGUCUGGCUCACUACAACAAGCGCUCCACCAUCACCUCCAGGGAGAUCCAGACCGCCGUCCGCCUGCUGCUGCCCGGAGAGCUGGCCAAGCACGCCGUGUCUGAGGGCACCAAGGCUGUCACCAAGUACACCAGCUCCAAGUAAACCUGCUGUUAGUCCGGAAACCUAACCCAAAGGUCCUUUUCAG